CAGUGGCACACACCCUGCGCUGCCGGAGAUCGCUGUGUCCUACGGAUACAGCUGAUCACGUGGUGAUCAACUGUAUCAAAUGACACAGCAGAUCACAAUUGCCGUUCAGCAGUGCCCAGCAAUGCCGCUCAGCAGUGCCCAGCAGUGUCAUCCAUUAGUACCCAGAAGUGUCACCCAUCAGUGCCAGGCAGUGUUGCCCAUCAGUGCUGCCCAGCAGUGCCACCUGUCAGUGCUGCCCAGUAGUGCUGGCUGUCAGUGCCCAGCAGUGUUGCCCAUCAGUGCUGCCCAUCAG